GUUAUAUGCUCAAACUAAUAGCCGAAUUAAGGAGUUUGUCAUAUAGGAUGCCAACCAGAAGUAAAGAGCCAGUAUCUUUUCUCUUAGGAAAACAACACCGGCAUUGGCCUCACUUACAAGCUGCUAAAACCUAUACUAGUCCGCAACUACAUGUUCUUAAGUUCCUCGUCGGAGAUCAGAAAUAAAGAAAUUGUUGAUAGUUUAAUAUUGCCUAAGUUCAUCUCAUUUCCUCAAAUUCAGGAGUUGUAUGGCCCCCUUUGUGGUAUCUAUCUGUUUUUUUUUUUUUUUUGAUCUUGAGCUGUAAUAAUCUGUCGCGAGUUUGAUGUAUACUCAAAGAUGGAUGAACCGAACCCUCACCAUUGCCCAACUCAACACCAUGCUCUCCAACCUACCCUAAUUAAAAAAAAAAAAAAACACCAAGAGAAGAAAGGGACAAAACCAUCAUUUGGCCCACACUCGAAGGGUUCACCGGCAGGUGCCUGCAAUCCGAUCCUUGCGAACCCAAAGCAGCACGCACGUCGGCGGUCACAAAGUGCGGCGGUCGGCGGACAAAGGAUUUAUAUAGUUUAUCAAAACCCAACCACUCGAUCAGUCAUCACACCAUAUAUAUAUAUAUAUAUUUUGCCUACUCUUUAAGAUCACCACCCCAGCCCCCACUCCUCCUCAAAGCCUUCAACCAUCUCCCCUCCAAAUAUACCCAAGAAGCCACCCAUCUCAUCCACGCCAUUAAUACUUGUCCCCUUAGAACCCUGCAACCUUUCCCCUUCCCACCCCCACCCUCCCCCGGCUAUAACAACCACCCCCGACCCUCUCCUCCCUCCUGCUCUCACAUAUCUCCUCCAUUUAGAAAACUUUGUCUGAUAAUCUAUCUUUUAGCGGUUGGUUCUACUACACUGGAUUGGAUUGCAGUGAUCUCCAGCUAUGGCCUCUGGGACUGGCUCUCCAUGCGGCGCGUGCAAGUUUCUGAGGCGCAAGUGCACCACGGAUUGCAUCUUCGCUCCGUACUUGUGCUCGGAGCAGGGCGCGGCGCGGUUCGCGGCGAUCCACAAGGUGUUCGGAGCUAGCAACGCCUCCAAGCUGCUGCUUCACGUUCCGCUCGCCGACCGGUGCGAGGCGGUCGUGACCAUCGCUUAUGAGGCUCAGGCAAGGCUGAAGGAUCCUGUUUACGGCUGCGUCGGCCACAUCUUUGCGCUUCAGCAGCAGGUAGCAAAUUUGCAGCUGCGGUUGAUGCAAGCCAAGGCACAGCUAGCUCAGAGCCUGAUAAAUUCACAAACUCUAGAGAAUCAACACCUAGGGAACGCUGCCAAUCCUCUAAUCCGACCAUGUUCGUACGCCAAGUCCUCGUCUCCACAGAGUUCGCUUGACUGCGUUGAUCAAAAUUCUGACGGACUAUUGCCGAUGCAAGAGAUGCUCCUUAUGCAUGAACUCUCCACACAGAGGGGACUAACACACGAUGAAGUUGGGGAGCUCCAAGCCUUGGCUUCCAAGAUGAUGAAGAAUUAAUCGAUCUGCUGUUGGGAAGUCAUGUAGCCUGCGGUGUAAAUACUAGAGUUUUGAAAGAGCUAGCUUUGGUCCUCUGACCAUGCCCAUCUUGAUGUCUGCUUUGAAAAAAAAGGGAAAGAAAGAAUCAAUGAUGAUAACAUGUCAAGAGCUGUUACUUCUAUUUAA